AGGAAAACAGUUUACAGUUUAGUAUCCCCACAGUCACCUCGUCCUUGUUCUCUGUCAUGCAUGCAGACGCCCACUUUCUUCAAUAGGAAUUGUAAACACAAGGUGGAGUCGAAAAAGUGACUGUUGACAGUGCAAAAUGCGGCGUCGAGCAGGAGUUGGUGCCAUCCAGCGGCAGAAGAUCCAGCAGGACAAAUUCAAAGAGAAAGGAAGUGAAAUACAGGAAAAUCAACUAGAACAGAUGACUCUUCAGAUGGAGAAGUUUCGGGAGCAUUUGGAAGAUUUCGCAGCAAAACACAAAAAUGAAAUUAAGAAAAAUCCACAAUUCAGGAAACAGUUCCAGGAGAUGUGUGCUUCUAUUGGAGUUGAUCCGCUGGCAUCAGGCAAAGGAUUCUGGUGCGAGAUGCUCGGUGUGGGCGACUUUUACUACGAGCUGGGCGUGCAGGUGGUGGAGCUGUGUGUGGCCACCAGCCAUCGGAACGGUGGUGUGCUGUCCUUGGAUGAGGUCCUGCUUAGACUCAACCACAGGCGUAGGCAGGACAACCAGAUCAGCAGCGAUGACAUAGUGCGUGCCGUGAAGAAGCUUCGGGUGCUGGGAUCAGGUAUGGAGGUGGUGGCCACUGGUUCAUCCCAGUUCAUCUACUCCAUACCGGGAGAGCUGUCCAUGGACCACACUGCCCUACUGCAACAUGCAGAGAGUGUGGUGCAUCUGACUGUGGCAUCAGCUGCAUCUGGCUUGGGAUGGUCUCAAGAGAGGGUCAGCAGAGCGUUAGACCACCUCCUCCGAGUGGGAGUUGCUUGGCGAGAUGACCAAGACCGUCCUCCUUCCUUUUGGUUUCCUGCUUUCUUCCAGCAGUGUGCCACAGCUGCUGAGUAAAAGCUCCAUAAGUCAGUCAGAGAUCCUCUGCAUGUUAGUUGAAAUAAAUGCAAAACUGUGUACUAUUUAAGUCCACAGUUAGGUAGGAUUACAGUUUGAAAUGAUCAUAAAAAAAUUUGUAAUUUAAGAAAAGUUACUUUUCUUCAGAAUUAAAAAAAAAAAGCUCACAAUAACUCAUAUUAAUAACUGAUUCUUUGAGAAUUGGUAAUUAUUUCUUUACUUCAUGAUGUAUUACUUACAUAGCUUUGUUUGUAAGAGCCAUCUUACAAGUAAGAUGAUAAAAAUGUAAAAACACAAGUUAAAUGUAUAGGAAAACAUAAAGUCCUUACCACUUGGGUCACCACCUUGGACAGUUUGUAGGUAAAAUGAUGAAGUGAACCUUACUUACAAAGAUGACAUGAUACUUAGAAUAUGUUUGUUCAAUAUUGCUAAAUAAUACUGCUUCCCUCAGUACAUCAAGGUAGACAUUGGUUGUAGUGUAAUACUAAUGUGUAAUAGAAAGUAGAAAAUAUAUUGCAUGAAUAUGAACUGAAUAAAGUCUUGAUUAUUGUGUAAGCAUAGUCUUUUGUUGCUGCAAGUAGUUGUGGAAAGUAUUGUAUAGAAGCAUCCAUGGAGUGUAUGUGGAAGGAAGUGGAAAACAGGUUUUGAAAGGAAAUUGUGUGUGGCUCAGUCGUUGGUCUCUUCUGAAAAGUUGAAUUGUUUGAUAUCUUACCAUGUGCCAGCUUUGCAUUCUUUCUCCAUCUCUUAACAGUCAAAUCACUAAUUGUUCCCUGUCUAUUAAUUUGUCUGCCUGUUUCUACCUAAAGUGGGGAGAACAAUAACACAUCCAGUGCAAAAUGGUCUGUAAACCCUUGGUAAAAAUUAUGUGCUUUAGAAAGUUACAUAUCUCAUAAGCAAAAUUCAGCAUUUCAAGAGGUUUGUAGUUUUCAUUAAUAAUUUCCUUUGUGACUCAAAAUAAUGUUUUCUUUUUUCCAUGAUUGCUGUUCAUUGAGCAUUGCAGUCACUAUUUCCUUUGAAAGUUUUUUAUACAUUCUUAAUAGUUGCACAUAAGUGCUGAGAAAGUUACCCAUUCAUCCUUGCUCAUUUUUUCAUUCUUCAAAUAAUGAUAAGAAUUGUUAAUUUGUCUCUGAAAGUUGGUUGUGUUUUUGUUGAUACCAAAAUUUGAUUAUCUGAGUGCUCUUCAUUUGUGGAGAACACUUAAAGCUGCCUGGAAUGUAGAAUAAUCUUAUCUGGUUUCUGAGGGAUCAUGGCAUUUCCAUUUGAUAUAUGCACUGUAUGUAAUUUCUUACUUACUCUAGGCUUCUCUGAGAUCUUACGUGGAUGAUAAGGAAAUUUUGACACUACUUAUGUUUACACUAAAUGUGAAUUGCUUUGAUAUGAGGUAACACCUGGUGUAGAAGUUCCAGAUAUUGGCUCAUGCUCAUUAUGGUGUCGCAGUGGCUGGGUCCAAAAUAUGAAGACGUAAUGCCUGAACCCCUCACUGAGCAGCAGCUGUUGUUAAUAUUGUAACCCAUAUUAUCUGGUAUUGUUGCAGCAUUCACAUUUGUUUCCCAGUUCUUUUCUGGAGAUGGUUAGCUGUUGCUUGUGGCCCCUUCAUAUAGGAUACUCAUAUAUGUAUGGAAGUCAGAUAUUGUUUAUAUAUUGGAGAAUAAAUACUAAUUGUGGUAAAAAAAAAACCUUGUUCUCACUACUCAUCCAAAGCUGUCAUGAUUGACAAAUGGUUGAUUAGUUAGACUUAUAAAUAACUAAAUCGUUAUGCACUUCAUGAUUAUCUCCAGUAAGACAUUCUCUUUGGGAAGCUCCUGAGAAGGGAACACCAUGAUAGGAAUUCCUUCAGGAUGCAUACAUGUUCUUUACGCACUUGUCAGUUCUGAAUCACAUAAUUUUCUUCAUUACCAUAUAUGCUUUCUAUUUGCUGUCCACAAAAAAAGAAGCCUUACCAUCUUCCUUGUAGGGUUUUCUUACUUCAGUUGAAACAUCUUGAACAGCUUUCUUCACAUGUAAAGACAUGCCAGAUAAAGUAUGAAUUGAAUCUUGAAUGCCUAACAAGGUGACAUGAUCAAUAUCUCCUAGUUGGUAAAUACUUCAGAACCAGGUUACCAACCAUGAACCCUGUGCCUGGCCUCAUCAUGGACCCACCAGCACUCAGCAUCCAUUACCACAGAUCCAUAACAUAAGGAAUCAAUACUCUAGUGAUUAGAGGGACAAAGACCUAGAGAAAUGAUCAUGGGACCUAAUGACUGUUAAAAGCCUCAGUAUCUAAGGCAUUCUUAUUUGUUCUCAAAAUAGUUUUAAUUGCCAGGUGUUGCAUUUAAUGGCUAAAAGAGUCAUUGCAGUGGAUAUCCCUGUACACACCUAUGUACAUGGGGUAACAAAUGUGACAUUACAUUUCACAGAGCAAAAGCUUGGGAUGUAUACAUUAUAUGGUGAUUUUCAAGCCCAGAAAUGUUGAGUUGAGGCUAUGGUUUGUUUGUAGGCAACCUUUAAGUAUUAGGUCACUCAUUUCUAUGGUUAAGUUAAGUUAAGAGAAAGUACGAUGAAAGACCACAUACAUUACGUGAUUAAAUUGAUUGUUUUAGAAAGCUGGCAAGAAUACAUUUAUAACUGAUAUUAACCUUUGAGUCAUGGAUUAUUCUACCUUGUGAGUGUGCUCCAAGCUCUCAUGUGUCUGAACCUUUGUUGUCUUUUUGCAAAUAUACAAUAUAUUUUUUGCAUAAAGUACUUGAUGAUUUAAAAAAAAAUGGUUCCAUGAAUUUAAUAUUAAAAAAUAAGUUACAAUAAAUUAAAUAUAUUGACUAAA